CUCCGCACUCACUCUCCAUGUUGAAACGAGGCAACUUCUCCUCCACAGCCCGCACCGACCGUCCAGCACAGUCCGCCCGCCGCCGCCACCGCCACCGCCGACCCGGCUGCUGUCUGCCGCCCUCCUCCUCCGUGCUAUGACACCGGACUGGGAAAGAAACUGGGAAACAACUGCGUGAGCGCUUUCGCUGCUCGACAAAAGAGUGAGACAAGCUGCUCCAACAAAGGCCUCUGGAUGCUGUGUGCCCUGCUGUUCAGGUGAAAGACGACAAGCAGGUUGUCAGGAUGAAGGAGGAGAAUCUGUUCCAUCGGAGGUUUUCUCUGUGUCCCAGCGCCACCUCCCCGCCCAAAAUUGACCCCCGCACCCUCACCAGGAACCUGUCCUAUGGAGGAGACAACGACCUCUACAACCUCAGUCCAGGCAGUGAAACAGACAGGAACGGUCUCUCCAUGCUGAGUAAUGAACUUAGUCCUGCCCAAUCACCAGGCAGCAAGUCUGAGUCCAGGAUGUUUAAUGGUGUGGAGAAGGACUGUCCCUCCCCCACAGAGAAGCUGGCCAGGAAAGAGUCGCUGAAGGUUCAAAAGCAGAAUUACAGACAGGAGAAGAAACGGGCAGCUAAAGAACUGUCCACUGCCCUCAAGGACCCCAGUGUUGUCAUCAUGUCCAACUGGCUAAAGAUCCGUGGUUCCUUGAAAAGCUGGACCAAGCUGUGGUGUGCCCUGAGGCCCGGCGUGCUGCUGAUCUAUAAGACCCCGAAAACAGACCACUGGGUGGGCACCAUCCUCCUCAGUGCUUGCAAGCUGAUCGAGAGACCCUCCAAGAAGGAUGGCUUCUGCUUCAAGCUCUACCACCCUUUGGACAAAUCAAUCUGGGCUGUCAAGGGUCCCAAAGGAGAGAAUGUUGGCUCCAUCACGCAGCCGCUACCCAGCAACUACCUGAUCUUCAGAGCCGCGUCUGAAUCUGACGGCCGGUGCUGGAUGGAUGCCCUGGAGCUCGCUCUCAGCUGCUCCAGUCUCUACAAGCUGACGGCCAAAGCUGGGAAGGAAGGAGAUAUCAGCACGUCUUCAGAGUCCUCCCAUAUCCUCCACCUGCUGCAGUCCACGGCGCUGACGGAUGCAGAGCUCCUACAAUUGAACGACACGGUGCUUCUGGACCACAUGGAGCACGACGGCUUCUCGGACAAGUCUGAGCGCGAGGUGCACGACGACUGGGACGCCACGGCCAACGAGAACGGCGGACGGCUGACGGAGGAGAGCGACAUGGACCAAUCGGACGAGCUGUCCCCGGGGCCGCAGGCCACGGCCUACGUGGAGCAGAGCACGGAGGAGAUGGCCGAGGCUGGAGAGGCGUCCCAGGUGGAAACCGUCUCGGAGGAGAACAAAGGCCUGAUCUGGGGCCUGCUGAAGCAGCUCCGGCCGGGAAUGGACCUGUCCAAGGUGGUGCUGCCCACCUUCAUCCUGGAGCCGCGCUCCUUCCUGGACAAGCUGUCGGAUUACUACUACCACGCCGACCUCCUCUCACAAGCCGUACAGGAGGAGAGCGCGUACGGUCGCAUCAAGCAGGUGUUGAGAUGGUAUCUGUCUGGUUUUUACAAGAAACCCAAGGGUCUGAAAAAGCCUUACAAUCCAAUCCUCGGAGAGACGUUUCGCUGCUGCUGGCUUCAUCCUCAGACCGACAGCUGCACGUUCUACAUAGCCGAGCAGGUGUCCCACCAUCCGCCCAUCUCUGCCUUUCACAUCUGCAACCGGAAGGACGGCUUCUCCAUCAGCGGGAGCAUCCUGGCCAAGUCCAAGUUCUACGGUAACUCUCUGUCGGCCAUUCUGGACGGAAAAGCCAGGCUGCUGUUUCUCAGCAGGGAUGAGGAGUACGUCAUCACGAUGCCCUACGCGCACUGCAAAGGUAUCUUGUAUGGCACCAUGACUCUGGAGCUGGGAGGAAAAAUAACCAUCGAGUGUGAGAAAACUAAAUGUCUGACGGAGCUGGAGUUCAAACUGAAGCCUUUCCUGGGAGGCUCCUGCUCAGUCAAUCAGAUCAGUGGGAAGAUCUUCGUGGGAGAGGAGCUCCUGGCCACCGUGGACGGUCACUGGGACGGCGAGGUGUUCAUCCACGAGAAGCGCUCCGGCCAGCAGGAAACACUGUGGAACCCCAGCUCAGACAUCCGCAGCGCUCGCCUCAAGAGGCAGGUGGUCCAGGUGGACCAGCAGGGAGAGUUCGAGUCUGAGAGGUUGUGGCAGCACGUGACGAGCGCCAUCAUGGACCGGGACCAAGUGCGGGCCACCCAGGAGAAGUUUGUGUUGGAGGAGGCUCAGAGGAAAGAGGCCAGAGAGAGGGGGGAGAAGGCCUGGAUCCCGCGGCUCUUCCAGCAGGACCCCCUCACCUCGGAGUGGACGUACAAGCACAUGGACACGCGGCCCUGGGACGGCGAGCUCUGCCUGGUUCAGUUCGAGAAGGACGGCGUGAUCCAGACGCACGAGAAGAGCCAGCGGCAGCACAACGGCCUGUCGUACAGCCACAGCUGGGCCAGCCAGCAGAAGGCGGAGGUGAACGGGAAGCACAGGAAGGCCAGCAGUCAGCCGUCCAGCUGCAGCCAGAACACCGAGAGCAGCAGCACCACGCCGGAGCCCACGCACGAGUCCUCCGACAACGAAGGCUUUUCGAACCAGUGUGCCCGGUGCAGCAAAGAGGUGAAGGACAUCGCACAGAUCGAGGCCUCCAUAACGUCGAUACAGAAGACACAGCAGGACAUCCAGAGAAACCUGGUGGCUCUGAGUCGUCAGCUGUCUCGCCAGAGGGCCUCGGACGACGGCGUGUCGCUGACCGGCCGCCACUGUCUCAUCCUCUGCGUGCUGCUGCUCUCGCAGCUCCUCCUCAACUACGUCUUCACCUAACGGGCUCCCGGGGAGGGAGGAGUCUCCCUCCCGGCCGAGCCGCCCGGGCUUCGCCCUCCUCCUCAAAGCACAGACUCCAAUCAGCAGACGGGGGACGGGGAGCUCGGCUCGGCGCCGGGAGGCCACGGACGAUAUAGCAAUAAACACAGCCACAGCCACCACCUGUCAGCCAUCUGCAGAGAGGAACGGCGCCCCCUAGUGUAGCCAGACGGAAAGAGCACCGGCACCCACGCACUUUGGACCGGAGAGGAGAGACGAGCACGCUAAAAAAAAAAAAAGAAAAAAGAUUAAACAAAAAGAACUAUUUAAACAGUUAAAAAUGUAUGAAGAAGAAUGAUUUUGCAAAUGACAGAGAGGAUGUUUUACCAUUCCUUAGUGUCUUCUUUUAUAUUGCCCUGCAAUACUGUUUAUCUGUGAGUGUGUGUGAGCGUGUGUGUGUGUGUGUGUCGUUCGUACCUACAGUAGGCCCUAUGGGCGCCGGCAGAUCUCCGCUCGGACUUCUCCUUGUCCUCUUCCACUCCAGAUCCUGGGCCUUAACGCUGAAGCCAAAAAGAAGAAGAAGUUAGAAGAAGAGAAACACAAGAUAGACAAAUGUAGAAGGAAAAGCCUUCUCACAGCGCAGUCGUGUGUUUUCUAUUGAUGCUCGCUGAAACACACUCUGUCGCGUCUUUUAAGGAAGACGACCUUACCAAAACAGUAUUUAUAAUCCGAGGGGACAAAGAGUUCUUGUUUACAGGGAGCGCCGCUCGUGUUCCAGGUGACACGCGGCUUCGCAGGACGCCGGGAAGCCGGUCCAACAGAGUGUCCUUGUAUUUGUGUGCCUGUAGUGGAGGGAGGAUAGAGUCGCACUGCUUUGGUCUAGACCUCGACACUGGUGUGUACAAUCAGCGUGUGGAGGAAGGGACGGACGGACGGACGGAGCCGUGAGACAUGUCGAUAACCCCAUCUGGAAGGAGUUUGUGUGUGCGUCUCGGUCUGCACCAUGUUCAAGUGACUGUUUUAGAUGUAAACACUUAGUAAGGAUAUUUGGGUUUUUCCUUUAAUCGGUUUGUAUAUAUUCGUCUGACGGUCUGUUUCAAAAAGAGAUUUGAGAAUGUAUUUAUUACGUGAUUAACCUUGACUUUCCUAACCCGAAACCGCUCGGUGGACAGAGACCAGGGCUGACAAUCGCUCUCCCGGGGCUUGUGUAGGUUUGUCAUUUUGUGUAUGCGUGUGUGUGUGUAUGUGUGUAAGUGUGAGGAAAGCCAUUACGGUCGUGCUAAACCAAGCCAGAUCUGUGAUCUCGGUUUUUACUGGGUUUUUAGCCAUUGAAUUUCACUCUCGUUGCCAGUGCUGAUCGACACACAGAGAGCGUAUCUGAGAGCACAAAGAAGGAAGUCGACUCUGAAUGCUUUUUAUUUACACCUUAAUUUCUUUCUUUUGUUUUAUUUUAUUUUUUUCUUGUUUAUUAUCCUGUUUUAUACUCUGCUACCAUGCUGCGGGGAUCCGACAUGUCAGACAAUUCUGUCAUCUGGAACAAAAACUACAGAGAUCACAACGAUGCCCAUGUUUUUUCAUUCAUACCUGUUGCAUACUGUAGCACUACAGUAAAAAGUUUUAACCCUGA